CGGUCUGACCAGCCUGGGAUGCAAACGAGCCGCCCUCCCGGACCCUCCCGGGGCAGGGCCGCCCGGGGGGUGAUGGGAAGGGAGGCUGGCCGGGUGCCGGCGACCCCGGGCUCAGGGCGGGAAGUGGGCGCGGCGCCUCUGCGGGGUGCGAGGCAGCAGCGAGCCAGGAUGGAAGCGUGGUCCUCAGGCCGCCGGCAGCCUCUGGAGCCCCACUGAGCCGGCCGCCAAGAUCCUGCGCGACAGCCGAGAUGUGUCUGCGCCUUGGUGGCCUGAGUGUGAGUGACUUCCGGAAGGUGCUGAUGAAAACAGGGCUGGUGCUGGUGGUGCUGGGCCAUGUCAUCACCUCGGGCAUUGCAGCCAUCGUGUUGUCACGCUACCUCCCAAGCAUCCCCCUGCGUUGGGCAGUGUUUAGCUCCAGUGUGGCCUGUGCCCUUCUCUCUCUGACCUGUGCUCUCGGCCUCUUGGCCUCGAUCGUCGUGACCUUUGCCACCCAGGGCCGAGCACUGCUGGCUGCCUGCACUUUUGAGAGCCCUGAACUACUGGCACUGGCGCCCGACUGUCCCUUCGACCCCACACGCAUUUAUAGCUCCAGCCUGUGCCUCUGGGGCAUCUCACUUGUGUUCUGCGUGACAGAGAGUGUGUUUGCUGUGCGGUGUGCCCAGCUCACCCACCAGCUGCUGGAGCUGAGGCCCUGGUGGGGGAAAAGCAGCCACCACAUGGUAAGGCCUGCCACCCCCUCCACAGACCUGACUCCCCAUAUUUCCUGGCAUCCUCUGCUGGGCAGCCCCCAUUCUCUCUAACUGAGAACUGGGACAAUAGUUUUCUCCUCAGAACCAAAGGCAGAGGCUUGAAGGCUCAGAAAGGUCAGACCUCCCAGCUAAAAUCACACAGCUGACAGCUAGCUCACUCAAGGCCCAGGAUUUGAGGGAGAGGGAGGGCUAUCCAAGCUGUAAUUGGGGGCACUCCGAGGGUUUGGCCUGGCUCUUGCAUGGGGGGAGAUGUAGUGAUGCUCCUUUGCCUGAGAUCCUCCCAGCCCUCUCCUCCUCCCAUUCCCUGGGUGACUUGGAAGAGGAGACCCAGACACAGAGAUCCUGCAGCUUGGCAGCCUCUUGUGUCUCCACAGAUGGAGGAGAGCCCAGAGCCCGCGGAGGGCCAUGACCUGAUGAGCUGCCUCAGCUCCGGGCCACUGACACUCUGACAGCUAAUGCCUCACCUGGGCCCCAUGGCCUCUGGGGUUUUGCAACCAAGUCUGCACUGUGACCAGCCAGGAUUCCUGGAGCCAGCCUGCAAGGGCUCAGUGACAACUCGGGGACCCGAGUGGGGCUUUCAACCCCUCCCCCAGCCACCCAGCCCACUGCACUGAAACAAGACUUUAUUCUGAAGUUAUUAAAAAGAACAGAGAUGCUGCA